UGAAUGUGGCGCGUCAGUGCUGGCAAUCGACGUAACCUCCAAAUUAUCAAGUUAUGUUUUUUGGCUAAAUUUGGGCGAAAUUAUCGUUAAUGAAGGCGAAUAAAAUGAUCGGAAGUUAUUAUUUUGUGAUCGUGGGUCAUAAGGAUUUGCCUUUGUUUGAAAUGGAGUUUACGAAUAGUAAAGACCCUAAGAAGGAGGACCAUAGACAUUUAAACCAAUUUAUCGCCCAUUCCGCUUUGGACUUAAUCGACGAACACAAAUGGAAAACCCAUAAUAUGAAUUUAAAAUCAGUGGACAAAUUCAACCAAUGGUUUGUCUCCGCUUUUGUAACGGCGAGCCUGAUAAGGUUCGUUAUGGUCCACGAUAAUAGGAAUGAUGACGGCAUUAAGAACUUCUUCUCCGAAAUAUACGAGGCGUACAUCAAACACUCCCUCAACCCGUUUUACGAGGAAAAUACCGUGAUCAAGUCGGCCGCGUUCGAGAAAAAGGCCCAACUGUACGGAAAAAAGUACCUUUCCGUGUAAUAACAAUAAAACACCAACUAAUAACAAUA